UUGGCAUAAGCGUUUAAAUGGUCUAUACCGAUAUAGUUCACCAUGUCUUUCGGAAGGUUAUUAGCCACUUUAGUGGCCAUCGUUACCUCUGUAUGCUAUGUAAAUUCAAUCUGUUAUGCAACAAUUGACUGUAACACUGUGGACUGUCAAAAUGUCACUUCUUGCUCCGAAGAUGGCCAAGUGCUAAUACCCGCUGAUAAUGGACGAUGUGGACGUUGCUGUAACUCUUGCGUUUUCACGGAGAGUUUUGAAGUAGAUAGUAAUCCAAGCACUUGCUACUAUACCGAAGGUGACCAAGUGAAGAACAUCACAUGCGCAAAAGAUCAGAAAUGUUGCGCCAUUUUGAAGAAGUGCAUUGAUGCUCUUAAGCAUUGUCCAAUUAGGACUACUGGUCAAUAAUAUCAUAAUGUUUUGUAGGAAGUAUUUUAAAGGUGGAUGUAAAAAUUUCAAAUGCGUCCCACGUGUCUUCUUGUAUAAGCUCUAUAAACAAUAAAGUCUUAAAUAUACGAGGUGUGUGAUUUAA